UGAGCCGGAGGCAUCAUGGCUGCCAUGGACGAGCUGAGAGCUUCAGCAGGGAGGAUGAGAUGGCUGAGGGAGGUGGAUAAGUUGAGGAGAGCGGGCCAGCGGAGGAAAGGGGAUGACGAUAAGGAGGAGGAGGACGAGGAGCUGGUGGAAGUGCUGCUCCGAGGCAAAGCACCCUGGGGCUUCACCCUGAGGGGAGGCACCGAGCACCGGGAGCUGCUGGUCAUCACCAAGGUGGAGCCGGGCAGCGUGGCAGCAGCCGCCCGGCUCCUGGCCGGGGACGAGAUGGUGAGCGUCAACGCCGUCCCCCUCAGCGGCUCCCGGCAGGAGGCCAUCUGCCUGGUGAAGGGCUCCCACAAGACCCUGGCCCUGGUGGUCCGAAGAAAGAAUGAUCCAGGCUCGCGGCCCCAUUCCUGGCACUCCUCCAAGCUGACAGAAGAGGAGACAGAGCCCGCUGGGAGAGAGGCCACCUCGGCACCGGUCCGGCAACCAAAACAUGAAGCAAGGCCCAAAGAAUUGUCCACUCAAGGGGAACAGAACAGCCAGUGUCAGCUAACCAGUCAGCUCAGCUCAGUGAACAACAUGGAGAGACUGGACCGUCCCUCUCAUCCUUUCCCACCGGCUCGUCUUUCCCCAACCAAAUACAUCAGCGAUGCAAAGCCCCUCGCUGGACCUGCCGGCAAGAGAGACUCUGCGUUCAGCUGCUUCUCCAAUGGCUCCAGCCCUCCAGUUCACGACCAGAGCACAUGUGGUAGGAAGGGAACCAGCACUGAAAACAUUUUCUUCAAGGGCCUUCAGAGCGAGGGGCUUCAACAGGCCGGGCGGACCAGGUACCACCAGCCGGCGCUGGGGAACGGAGGCUGGGAGGGGUUACGGGCAGAGGAGCAGCCGGCCACUCGGGUUUCCAUCGCAGGGAGAAUGAACAUCGGCCCAGUGUGGCAGGUACCAGAGAAGAAGUCCCAGUCUCCGCCUCCACCACCUCCUCCCCUGCGCAGUGACAGUUUUGCCGCCACAAAAGUGUUCCCCUACCCCGAAGGGCCAAGUGUUCCCACAAAGAGCCACCGCAGAUCCACCGAACAACUGACUGAGAGCAACGAGCACAACGGCCUCAGAUCUCGACAAGGAAAAACCUCAGAUCCAAGACACGGCUUCAAGCCCCUGCCAGCCAAAGACUCCCUCCAUCCCCCCCGCGCAUCCGCCGACCACAACCACAACCAGCUGCACCCCAACAAACUGUUCUCUCUGUCCAGCAAUGACGUGAGACAGUCUCAUUACACCCAAGUGGCUGCCCACCAGAGGCAGUACAGCGAUGAAAGCCCCUUCUACCUGCACACCAGGUCAGCUCCUCCCGCAAAGACUCAGAGUGUUGGCAGCUACUAUCGCAGCCUCCAGGAUCUACCCACUAAUCUGUUCAACCGCAGGCAGGUUAGGCACUCCACCGCAUCCAUGACAAGCUGUGCUGCAAACCCACACCUGGAGGGUUGGGGCCACAGCAGAUACUACGGCCCAGCAGGCAAACAUCUGGCUCAGGCCGCGGAGCUUCAGGCCAGGCAGGGCAAAGCAGAAGGCCGGAGGGGGGAGACGGAGAAGGCACACUGGGUGAACAGCAGUGAACCAGGCUUCUCAAGUUCACUAAAGGCAAAGUACCCUCUACCUCAUUCCCAGAUGCCUUACAGCGAAAACAAGGAGCGCAAUGGUCAUUCCCAUCUGGGGAAUGGUCUUCAUCCAACCUCGGAACAUGGUAAUCAGAGCCGCAGCCCAGAGGACGCUGCAAAGAGAGCUGAAGGACACAGCAAUGACACCAAGAGACAUUUUUCCACACAUCUAAGUAAUGAUCAUAAGGUCAGUCUUUCAAGGCAGCAAGACCCAUGGGUGCCUCAAGAAGACCAGCGGAUAUCCCCCCUGAAAACCCCCCUCCUCCACUCCCUGGCCCAGGAGAGCAGGAGUCUGGCUGAGAGGCAACCCGCAGCUUUAUCCAUGGGCCUCAUGUCCACCCAGGAUACUGGUGACCCCAUGGCCACCGGCAGUGGAAAGGUGAAUCGACGCAGUGACCGCUACGCUACCACACUCCGAAAAGAGAUCCAGCAGAAACGAGCUCAGCUGCAGAAGAGUCGCAGCGCCGCCACUCUGACGUGUGACGCGGAGGACGAGGAGGUCAAGGAGUGGAGAUCCACUGAGACUUCCACGUCCUCUGGUGCCUCCUUUUCCAAUAUCUACAAGGAUCACCUGAAAGAGGCUCAGGCCCGGGUUCUCCAGGCCACCUCCUUCCAGAGACGCGAUCUGGAGCCCCUUGGACCCGAGGUGUCGGUAGUGAAAACCUCUAAUGGACGCAUUAGAGGACGUAAACGCUUCCCCCUGGCAAAGAGGACUCACUCCUUCUCAGAGCCGGACAAGAUAGACAAAGUAGGGGUGGAGUUAGAACCUCAGAGGGGGUCCUUCGGAGAGCGCAUGAGGUUCUUCGAGGCCAAACCAGCUUUCUCCAGACCUGUGCUGAGGUCAAGUCAAAGUUCAAACCUGAACACGGACCUGGGUGAGAUAAACAAAGUCAAAGAGUACACCUCCUCUGCAGAGCCUGAGGAGCCACACUCCUCCCCAGACCCCGACCUCCUCAGUCCUGGAUACAAUCAGACCUUACUGGAGCAGCAGAGGCUCGGGACCUUCGCUGAGUACCAGGCCACAUGGAACAAGCAGAAGAAGUCGCCAGAGGUCAAGACGCAAGGGAGGUAUCACUCUGCAGAGAAUAUCUUGGAUGCAGAGGAGAAAGUCCUAUGCACCCAUGAGAGAUCCAGAUCAUCCCCCUCUGCAGACUUCUACGCACAGAACCUUCCCUCAUCGUGGAGAGACCUUGAAGACCAGCAGAGCAGUUACACCACCAGAGGAGAAUCAGAGAACCGACUGCGAUAUCAGGCCGACUGCAGCCCACACUCGGCCCCGUCAGUGCCCAGGAACCAGGGCCCAGCACCAGGCCCCUCUGACCACAGGACCAAAUCCAACGCUGCCAGUCCCUCCCAGACCACACUCUCCUCGGGCCCUCGCAGCCACAGCCCCAACCCUGGCUCCCAUCACGCAGCUCAGCCUCCACCAACCAAGGGCCUCCUGCCGCCGCCCUGGCCCCUUUUAGGGCCAGAAACCACAUCCUCCUCAGAGGAAUUCCCCGCUGCCUCCCAGGCAAACCCGGCGGCACUCCAGCCUCUGUCCAGCUGUAGCUUUGACACCAAGCACCAUGAUACUACCCCCGGCUCCUCUGCUGGCCCCGCCCCGGCCAGCUCCCCUCACCUCAGCUGGACAUCCCCACCAGAUGUGAGUGAAGGAGAUGUGGAGCCCGUGCAGGAGAAGGAGCAGCUGCCACGGCCUUCGUCGCCUCGCUCCUCCUGGACGGCCCCUCAGUCUUUACCCAGCGCGGAUCGAGUGCGGUCUCCCUCGCCACAGUUUGCACCGUUGAGACUGACGGACAAGCCGCCGGCCGUGAAGGAUGACUCAACACUCAGGUCAGAAAAUGAGCUGAAGUUUGCAGAUGGGAUGGAUGUGAACAGUCCAGUGAGGAAAGUCCCCGUGAGGAUCGUCCACGCUGAGAGCAGCUCAGACCGGGGGGGAUGUGCCUACCUGCCCCCGACGGGCGAGACCUGCCGCCCCUUUGAGCCGUCGCCCUUCAUCCCCUGCCUGGGGACCACAGAGCACCCGGUGUCGUCCCUGUUCAGCACCUACAUCCGCCAGGUCACUCAGGACCCGGGUCAAGUUUCCUCACAAGAGACAGACAAAGAGUCGAGCUCGGCAGGUGUCCAGCGCUUGGAGGAGGACGCCAAGAGAGAGGAACUGGCCAGGGACAUCAUGGGUAAAGACAAGUCCCUGGUGGACAUCCUCGACCAGAGCGGCAGGAAGACCACCAUGGACCUCAUGGAAGGGCUCUUUCCUCCAGAGGAGCAGAUCCUGGAGGGAGCCCACCAGAGGAGGAGGACCCCCACCAGCUCCAGGCCGACCACGUCAUCCCCCAGGAUCAUGGACAGGAGGGGGGAGGAGGAGGAUGUGUCUGCAGCAGCUUCUCUGGUGCCCAGCUCCUCCUACUACAACACAUCAGCUCCCAAAGCCGAGCUCCUCAUCAAGAUGAAGGACAUGCAGGGGCAGCUGGAGGAGCAGGACUCUGAGGACGAGCUGGACAUCGAUCUGGCCAGUAAAAAGCAAGAGCUGAUCUCCAGCCUGGCGAGGAAGCUGGAGGUGCUGCGGGAGGCGCGGCAGAGCCUGCAGGACGAUGUGGAGGACAACGAGACCCUGGGUCGGGAGGUGGAGGUCACCGUGCAGCGCCUCUGUCAGCCCAACCAGCUCGACAAAUUCUGCAUGUUCGUGGGCGACCUGGACAAGGUGGUGAGUCUGCUGCUGUCGCUGUCGGGGCGGCUUGCCCGGGUGGAGAACGCCCUAAACAGCCUGGAGGACGAAGCUUCGCCCGAGGAGAAGCGGAACCUGACAGAGAAACGCAAGCUGCUGAUGCGGCAGCACGAAGACGCCAAGGAGCUGAAGGAGAACCUGGACCGUCGGGAGCGCCUGGUGUCCGGGAUCAUGGAGGUCCACCUGGACGCGGAGAGCCUGGACGACUACCGACACUUCGUCAAGAUGAAGUCGGCCCUCAUCAUUGAGCAGCGCAAACUGGAGGACAAGAUCAAGCUGGGCGAGGAGCAGCUGAAGUGUCUGUUGGACAGUCUGCCGCUGGAGCAGAGGCCGAUGCUCUGAAGCCUGGAAACAGCAUCUGGUUCUGGAGAAGAAAUCGUGCAUCAGAUUCACACCAAGCUGGAGGUGCAACAUGCAGCAUCUUUAAUAUCCAUGUUGUUUAUUGUUCCUCAGAAGACACGAUUAUAAUAGUUCCUGUGCUGCAAAGAUCUCAGACCAGAGAGGAUUUUAAAAGAAAUAAUGUUUUGCACAUUAGAGAGUCUGUCUGCAUUGUUUACAGGUUAUUUUCUACUUUAAUACAUCACUGCGUUAGAAACUGAACAUGGACUGUUGGUGAAACUGGGCAAUAAUCACUAAUUUAACAAUAUUUUGUAUUUUUAGUUUUAAUGAUAAUCUGGUAUUUCAGAGACAAAAGCUAAAAGCAAAAUUUGAUCUUUUCAGCAGCUACUAAAUUGAAUCUUCAGGCCACCAUACCUUUAAUUGGUUGUUUUGCACCUAAACGCCCCCUAGUGACCGAACAACAACCAAGCGUGCACACACCAGAUGAUAUUUUAAAUCAACAGGUAGAAGAAUAAAUUUGGUUUUCUUUUCAUUUCACAGUAUUUCCAGCCUCACCUUGAUAUUUGUGUUUCCGAGUUGUAUUUAUCGCUCUGCAUUUGCUAAUAUUUUCAUUUCUAAAGUAAUAUUUUCUAGUAAUUUAUUGUAGCCUUUUUGAAAAAUGUAUUGGAGAAAGGGGAAACGUUUCCCCUGUGAUUUCAUUUCCUGACAUGAAAAGAAGAGUUUGAUUCCAAUUGCAUUUUUUAAAAAGUGUUGACAUCCUGACAGGGUUAGGGUUAGGGUCACGUUCGAUGCUUUUCUCGCAUUGGAGAGGAACUCUUUGAUUUAUUUGAGAACAAGCGGUGAACCUGGUGACUGAAGAAGACGAUGCUGAUGUGUUCCAGCAGUACAGAUGUUGCUCCUGCUUCUUUACUGUGACCUCAGAUCCACCACAGGGACUGAGGUGCAGCUGGAGGUUCUCAGUGAAGUUGAAUCAAAACGUUAGCACUUUACUCUGGUCCUUUUAUGAUUUUGGAGACUCUCGACAUGUAUAUUUAAAAGAAGACGUGCCUACUGUAGCUCCGCACCGCUGUAACUUUCAUGGACUGACGUGGCUGCUGCGUACAGCCCAUCUGUAUGCAGGGGGCUCCACCACCAGCUUCAAAGCAAUAAAAUGAUUUGAUGAUCA